AUGGAGCGCAAGCUGUCGCAAAAAGCACUCCGCAUGCGCCAACGCUUCACCUUCAGCCGUGGCCGAGACCGCGCAUCCACCAUGCUCCCCGCCAGUGCCACCAGCACCCCCAGCAUCCGCCCGCGCUCUGCCACAACGCCUAUCUCAUCCCACAGCGCCGACCUGGCGUGGGACAGGAACAGCACGGACCGCAGUCGCUACUUUGACUUUACAGAUGAACCGGGCUACUUCCGUCCUGCAUCACCGCUGAUCGACCGGCAGCCCGUCGCCGAGGAGCUGGAGGAUGACAUGAAACAUGCCUGCGCGCUGCUGAUACAGAGCAUCGACCGCGGGAUGCCAAUGUGGCCAUCGUUCCAGGCAGACCACCGCGCCAAUACAGGCCCCGGCCAGCCCACCAAAGCCACCACGUCAGACGCCGUCUCGCGACUCCAGUAUCAGGGCGCCAGCCUGUCUCCCCGAAUCGUGGAGAACAAGUUCCCCGUCGACAAGAUGCCCGACUCCGGCGUAGCCUUCCAACCCAGCGCUGCGUCCGCAGCCACGGGCCGCUUCUACGGGAAGCAGCUCCCGACAUCACCGCACGAACAAAGCGAAGCGGUCUUCGAGCGCGAGCGCGGACGAAGCUUCGGCACAGACGCCACGCCUCGCUCGGGUUCUCGCUCGCGCUCGCUGAGCCCAGAAUUGUUCCCCUACAGCCCGCCGCAGGUCGACUCGCUGUGGCCACACGUUCAAGACACGUACUUUGAAUCCGAUGCGCUCUUCGCGGAGACGGACGCCCUCGGCGCAGAGGGCCUGACCUGGCUCCGCGCGAGCCUGGACGUCCACCGCAUCGGGGAGGCAGACCUCGCCGUCGACCCGGAAAAGACAAAGACAUCCGACAGGAUUAAUAUCAACGUUACCGCCAUGCCGGCUGCGGCACCGUGCCGCUUCUAUAGUAUCCGGCAGCCGCGCGCGAAGGAAUCCGGCGCUGCGCGGUGGGCUGAAUCGCACGGCCUCGCGCCGCGUCUCUACAGCAGUGUCUCGGCGCACAGCUUCUUGAGUGCGCAGGAUAUCGCCUCUCACGGCGGAUUCCACCAGAUGCGUCACUGUGACUCAUCGAAUAGUCUUAGGCAGGAGAAUCAUGCGCCGGUGUACUCUCUUGUUCUUCCUGAUGGGGCACGGCGGCGGCGGCGGAAAGCGUCCCAUUUACUGAAGAGGUUGGCUGGGCUUGGGAGGAAGAGGGAUGGGGAGACGGUGGAGUGUCCGCGGGUUGAAAGGGCUGUUGUUGCCGCGGCGUGA